AAUAUUGCACAUUCUAACAUUUUUUCAGAAAUCCCAACCAUAACAAUGUUUCACGUGGAUACAUUUGAAGGGUUAUCUAACAUAACCUUAGAAGACAACGACACAGCAAUCAUGCAGUGCAUUGCAGAAGGUUUUCCUACACCGCGAUUGAGCCUUAUCAAGGACAAUUCAACACUCGAUGCAUUUAAUGAAGUAUCAGAGGGCCUGACUAAAAGUCACCUUACUUUCAAAAUAACUUUUGCAUUAGGCCAUGAUUCAGGGACAUAUACUUGCAUUGCAUCCAACACGCACGGGCAAAGUAGACGAUACGUACAUGUGCAAAUCUUGAAGCCUCCAACUGUUAUGAGCAUCGACGAUGCGUACAUAAAUGAGGGAGACAGUUUAAACAAAUCGUGCAUUUAUCACACUGGCUUUCCACCAGAGACAGAUAUACAGUGGACAAAAGACGAAACUGUCGUGUCAAACGGAACGCUAUGGAUUCUGAAAGUAGCAAGAACCGAUGCUGGGAUCUACACGUGCAGAGCAACAAACACACACACACGUGGGCGAUCAAACUUUACCGGAUGCGAUUGGGAGCAGUUUAAACUUCAUGUGUUAUACCAACCCUUUGUACAGAAAUUCAGUGUCGAAUCAUUCGGUGAAGUAAAGAAUGUUACAUUGCUGGAAAACACAACUGUCGAAUUCCAUUGUAUUGGUGAGGGCUUUCCACCACCAGAUCUAAGACUCGUAAACUCUAACUUGAAUAUGGACAUUAGCACCGGUAUGAGUUCGGAAAGCACAACUACUAGCCUUCGACACAUUCUCGCUCCCGCUCAGUGCAAAUAUUUAGGAAAAUAUACGUGCAUUGCCUCAAAUAAAAUCGGACUGGGUGGCAUGGAUUUGUUUCUGAAUAUUCUGUGUCCGGUAAGAAGAAAUCCAGCAGUCAGCAAAACAGAAGACGAUAACAAUAUAGCAUUCCGCAAUAUUGGCGAUGCAGUGACGUUUGCAUUUGAAGCACAAGCGAAUCCGACUCCGGGUCGAUCGGAUAUUUCAUUGAAAAAAUGCACCGAUUCCAAUCCAUGCACCGAAAUCACAAAUGACUCAAAUAUUCACAUUACCACGAACGGCACACGUAUCACUCUAUACCUGGGGAAUGUAUCGGAGUCAGAUUACGGGAUUUACGUUCUGCAAGUGGACAAUGGAAUCGGGAAACCCCAUACGGAGGUUUACAUAUUGAAGCGUCCUCGUCUAUCUGAAGAUGCAACGCAAAGCGUCAUUUUAAGCUACAUCAUAAUAGCGGGAAUAAGUAUUUUCGUGUUUCUUGCAAUCCCAGUCGUUGUCUUCUGUGUGUGCACAAAAUUCAACCGAAGCAAUUCAAGAGCAAUAGUAGAGGUCGAAUUGCCGACUAUUGUGCCUUCAACCUUUAACCGCGAAGGUCAUUCUAUUCAGUCUUCACCUUUGGCAUCAGCGCAAAUUGGCGAGCAGAGUUUGAUUUAUCACGAAAUUGAUCCACAGCUGUCAGAGUUCGAUACACCAAUAGUUGCUGAUGGCAUCAAUAGUGUUGCACAAACGUCAUGUGCACGUGGUCGUUAUGAGGAUUUGGAUCGUUCGUUACAUGGGGACGAGUCGCAAUACCUGAGGGUGGUUGCCGAUUGACAGUGUAUGACGGAUUAAAAAUUAAAACAUUUAAGCAUCAAAAUACAUUUGAUAUUAAUAAAACUGUUGUUAGCCGUCAAAUAUAGCAAACUUAGUUGUAUUUUUAAAAUAUAAAAUAAAUAAUACAUUGUAUAUCCAGUUCAAUUGACAUAUUAUUUGA